AUGACGGUCGCUCGCACGAACCCCGAUCACGAGGAGUACCAGUACCUCGACCUCAUCUCACGCAUCAUCUCCACCGGCCAGGCGCGCCCCGACCGUACGGGGACUGGCACCAUUGCGCUCUUCGCCCCGCCCAGCCUUCGCUUCGACCUGAGGAACGGCAAGCUGCCCCUGCUCACGACGAAGAGGGUGUUCUGGCGCGGAGUUGCUGAGGAGCUGCUCUGGUUCGUUAACGGGUGCACCGAUGCCAAGGUCCUCCAAGAGAAGGGUAUCGGAAUCUGGGACGGCAACGCGUCUCGCGAAUUCCUCGACCGCGUCGGCCUUUCGCACCGCAGGGAAGGCGACCUCGGACCGGUGUACGGCUUCCAGUGGCGCCACUUUGGAGCCACGUACAAGACGUGCGAGGACGACUACACGGGCCAGGGCGUCGACCAGCUCGCCGAGUGCAUUCGCAAGAUCAAGGAGAACCCGACUGACAGGCGGAUCAUCAUGAGCGCAUGGAACCCGGCCGACCUCCCGCUCAUGGCGCUCCCGCCGUGCCACAUGUUCUGCCAGUUCUUCGUGCAUCUCCCUGAGUCUGAGGGCGAGAAGCCCGGUCUCUCCUGCCUCAUGUACCAGCGCUCUUGUGACGUUGGACUUGGCGUGCCGUUCAACAUUGCCUCGUAUGCUCUGCUCACGCACAUGGUUGCGUUUGUCACGGGAUGCGAGCCGCGCGAGUUCAUCCUGCAGAUGGGCGACGCGCACGUGUACCGGGACCAUGUCGAGCCCCUCAAGACACAGCUUGAGCGCGAACCGCGCGAGUUCCCGACGCUCAAGAUCAAGCGCACACUCGAGGAGAUCAAGGACAUCGACGGGUUUAAGUUCGACGACUUCGAGGUUGAGGGGUACAAGCCCAUGGGCAAGAUUGAGAUGAAGAUGAGUGCGUAG